AUGCGCCGAUACAGGCCGGGCGGUGGCCCAGUCCGCGCUCAUGGAGGCGUGCCCGUCCCAGAUCCCUUCGCCAUGGUGCGCGCAUACGAUAGCGACUCCAAUCCUGCUCGACCCAUUCGCCCCUCGCCUCUCGCCGCCUCCACCAUUCAGGGCCUGCCGCUCGACCUGCUCGACCGCCUGCGUUCCUUCCCCCUCUUCCAAGCUGCUCCCGACUCCUUCCUCGCCCAGGUCGGCCUGCACCUUAAGCCGCAGCUCUAUCAGCCACAUGACACAAUUCUGACCGAGGGCGAGACGGGCAAGGCCAUGUACUGGCUGGUCCGCGGUGCUGUGCGCGUCACCUCGCGCGACCAGGAGAGCACAUAUGCCGAAUUGAAGCCCGGUGCCUUCUUCGGCGAGAUUGGCAUCCUCAUGGACAUUCCCCGCACUGCCACCAUUAUUGCCAAUGUCCGCUCCCUCGUCGUGCGUCUGAACAAGGAGGACCUGACCAAGGAGCUCCCCAAGUUUCCCGAAGUUGAAGUUGCCAUCAGGCACGAGGCCCAGGAGCGCCUGGCCAUUCUGCAGCGCAAAAAGUCGGAGCUAUCAGCCAAGCGCCCACAACCCAUGCGCCAGAUAACGGGCAAGCGCGAUCGUGAAGACGGUGAUGUGGUCAUGGCCGAGAGCGGUACUAUACGUGAUGGCGAGAUCAAUGCCUUCAAGAAGCGCAAAUCUCCAAGUCCGGGCCUUGCUGAAGCCAUUGCCCAUAGUGCCUUUGGAAGCGACAGCCUGCAUGUGAGGCCUUUGCUGAAGGAGUUGCCUCUCUUCUCCGAGCUACCUGACGAUAUUCUGCACUUCAUCGGCAUGCGCGCCCAGCCAUGUUCCUUCGACCCUUUUGUAGACAUUAUAAAACAGGGCACCCACGGCCGGGAUGUCUUCUUCAUUGUAAAGGGCGAAGUCGAGGUUAUUAGCGACCAUGUGCCUGAAUCCAACGGCUUCACUUCACCCACCCAGGGACGAAGAAAGUCGAUUGCUGCGGGCGAGCACAAUUUCCAAGAAGUAAAGGCUCGCCUAAAGCCAGGGCAAUACUUUGGUGAGGUAGUCAGUCUUUCGCUGGCGCCACGCCGCACUGCUACGGUCCGCUCUAUAUCCGCUGUCGAAUGCCUAAUGAUUACCGGAGACACACUAAACCAGCUGUGGGAAAAGUGCACUCCAGACGUACGGCGACAGGUCGAGUCGGUCGCUAAAGAGCGCUUACAGACUGCCAAGGACGAAGAUGUGCUCAUGCCAGAUGCGCAUAGCACACCCAAUAUCAACGACUUGGCCAUAGUAGACUACACAAUACCCCGAACUCCACGGAGGAAAAAGAGCGUGCCGACCGUUACCUUCAAUGAAACACUGGGCAUUGACAAUUCCGUAGCUCCUGUUCGGAGAGACGAGAAGAUGAUGGAGCCAUUCGAUCCCGACCCUUUUCUAAACGUUGACCUUGACAAUGUUAGAUCACGAUCGCGUAGAGGCUCACUCGCUCCACCAGCACCUGGCUCAACACCCGAAGCCCCCGCAAGUCCUGGAAAAACUGAAUUCCCAAGGACUCCAUCUCCUAACGGCUCACCGCUCUCUCCGUCGCCAUCUUUCGCAAUAGCAAAACAUGCAUCUACCCCGCCAGAGGUUCCAUUCGAUUUCAAGCGCCCACGACUUGUCACAAAACCAAGCAUAUACACACGAGGUCGAUUGCCAGAUUCCGUACUUGUUACCAUCUUGGCGAAUCUAGACAUUCACGAACUGAUGAAACUACGCGUCAUUUCUUCACAUUGGAGCAAACUCAUAUCGGAAUCUCCUGAUAUUCUCCACGACCUUGAUCUUACAAAGUACAACCGCAAAGUCACCGACCGGUCACUAAUCGACAUAAUAUGUCCUUUUGCCGGCAGCCGGCCACGGUCCGUCAACAUCAGCAACUGCUUUCAUGUGACAGACGAGGGUUUUGGAGAACUAGCAAAGACGUGCGGCCCAAGCGUCAGGAUAUGGCGUAUGAAGAGCGUUUGGGACAUUACCGGACCUGCUGUUCUCGAAAUGGUACAGAAAGCCAAGGGUCUAGAGGAGGUAGAUCUGAGCAACUGCAGAAAGGUUGGCGAUAAUCUCCUUGCUCGAGUCAUUGGCUGGAUAGUACCCGAUAUGCCUCCCCAAAUGGCCAUGGCGCAUGCUCAACAACAGGCUCAGAUGAACGGGCGCCGACAAGGAAAAGGCACCAACAGUCAGCCACCGCAACCUCUACCGCCAGGCACCGUUGUUGGCUGUCCAAAACUCCGACGAUUGACACUAAGUUAUUGCAAGCACAUUACUGACCGAAGCAUGGCACACAUUGCUGUUCACGCAGCCAACCGCAUCGAAAGCAUCGAUCUGACACGUUGCACCACCAUCACAGACGUAGGCUUCCAACACUGGAGCGUCUACCCCUUCCCUAGGCUCACCAAGCUAUGUCUCGCCGACUGCACCUACCUGACCGACAACGCAAUCGUUUAUCUCACCAAUGCAGCCAAGGGGUUAAAGCAACUCGAUUUGUCUUUUUGCUGCGCCCUCUCGGACACAGCGACCGAAGUCCUGGCCCUCGGCCUUCCAUCCCUCACCCACCUCAACCUCGCCUUUUGCGGCUCCGCAGUCUCAGAUACCUCGCUCCGCUGCAUCUCACUGCACCUCCUCGAGCUGCGCAACUUGUCUGUGCGCGGCUGCGUGCGCGUCACGGGCACGGGCGUCGAGGCCGUCAUUGAGGGCUGUCGCGACCUCGAGCGCUUUGAUGUCAGUCAGUGUAAGAAUCUCGGCCGUUGGCUCGACGCGGGUGGUGUGCAGAGUGUGCGGAGUCGCGGGCGGAAUGUCAAGUUUGUCUGUGUGAGUGAUGGACGGUGGAGGGAUUCAAUGGGGAAAAGUUAA